CAAAAGUCUAUCUUUCUCUCUCUACAAAGCAAUUUUACAUAUGAAAUGGAUCUUCUCGGAAAUCCAUGGUUAACGUACAGUACCAAUUGACUUAGACUCUGAGAGGAAGAAGCAUUUGUUGGAUUUCUGAAAUCAAAGCCAAGUUUGGUUACUUAUUCAAUGGGGGCCUCAAGCUCUAGAAUAGAAGAAGAUAAGGCUCUGCAGCUCUGUCGUGAAAGAAAGAAGUUUGUUAGACAAGCACUUGAUGGCAGGUGCUCACUAGCAGCCACUCAUGUUGCAUAUGUAGAGUUACUGAAGAUCACGGGAACUGCUUUAAGGAAGUUUAUUGAACCUGAAGCUCCAAUUGAAUCUUCCUUGUAUACUUCCACUAGUGCAACACCGGAGCCACGGGCAUUAACUGAGAAGUCCAUUUCCCAGUUUUCAUUCUCUUCUCCAACUCUGUCGCAACCUGUGGAAGCAACUGAUAACUUUUCUCCAUCUCUUUCUCCUCCACCCUCUAGUCAGCAUCAGGUCAAUCAUAUGAUAUUUAGAGGUACUUUUUCAAGAAAAGUUGAAGAGAAAGUUUCUGUGCCAGUUGUAGGGUCAGUAACUUCAAGCACCCCUCCAGACACCACACCUCGUUCCACUGAAAGACCUGAAUCAUCCUCAUUUGAAACUCCUAUCCCACCUGGGACUCCACCUUGGGACUAUUUUGGUCUUUUUCCAUCACCAGAAGGAAGAGGAUUUAAUGAAGGUUUGGAGAAUGCUGAUGACAUAAGACGGCUUAGGGAAGAGGAGGGAAUUCCUGAAUUAGAAGAUGAAGAGAAGGCUUCUCUUGGAAGGGAAGAGUCGCAGGAAUCCGAAGAUGGAUUUGAUGAACCUUCUACACCUACGCUAGUCCGAAGUUUUGAAAAUGUUAACAGGACAACAGAUCAUGUUGCUGCUGGAUUUUCAUCCGCUUUACCCUCUGCAGAAAGUGUAGCAUCAGAAACUGAGUUUCUGAAUGGGGAGAGAACCAACUCUCCUGAUUUAUCACCAUUAAGAGCCACAUCCUCAGGUGUUGCACUUCCCGCUGAUGUAAAGACAAGACUGGUAAAAGAGGAUGUUAGUAGAAAUAAGGUUGCCCCUAAGGACUUCUUUUCAAGCAUGAAGGAUAUUGAAUAUCUCUUUGUUAAAGCAUCUGAGUCUGGAAGAGAAGUUCCAAGGAUGCUUGAAGCAAAUAAGUUCCAUUUUCGUCCAAUUUUUCCUGGAAAAGAAGGUGGCUCAAUGGCUUCAACCUUAUUGAAAAGCUGUUUCUCUUGUGGGGAUGACCCCAGCCAAGUUCAGGAAGAGCCUCCCCAAACUUCCGUAAAGUAUUUAACUUGGCAUCGGACCACGUCAUCUCGCUCCUCUUCAUCCAGAAAUCCACUCGGUGCAAACUCUAAAGAUGAUAUUGAGGGCCUUUCCAGUAAUAUCUUUGAUAAUUUCUGUAUGAUCUCUGGUAGUCAUGCCUCAACAUUGGAUAGGCUAUAUGCAUGGGAGAAGAAGCUGUAUGAUGAAGUCAAGGCUAGUAAGAUGGUUAGGGGGGAGUAUGAUCGGAGGUGUAAACUUCUUAGACAACAAGAAUCAAAUGGAGAAAGUAUCAAGAAGACUGAUAAAACACGUGCUGUUGUCAAGGAUCUGCACUCAAGAAUCAGAGUUGCAAUUCACAGAAUUGACACGAUAUCGAAGAAGAUCGAGGAAUUAAGAGACAAAGAGCUUCAGCCACAACUGGAGGAGUUGAUUGGAGGGUUAAGGAAGAUGUGGGAAGCGAUGUAUGAAUGCCAUAAGCUUCAGUUCCACAUCAUCUUGAUAGCCCAUAUCAAUGCCAACACAAAAAUUGCAAUACAGUCGGACUCACACCGGCAGAUUACCAUCCAUCUUGAAAAUGAACUGAGCUCUCUAUCAUCAAGUUUUGCAAAGUGGAUUGGCGCUCAGAAAUCAUAUGUAGAAAGUAUAGACAAGUGGCUUUCCAAGUGUGUGUCUGUCCCACAAAAAUCUUCUAAGAGUAAAAGGAAGAUUAAACCUCCACCCUUAAGAAAUUUGGGCCCACCCAUCUAUGCCACCUGUGGUGUCUGGUUGGACAAGCUUGGUACUUUGCCUACUAAAGAAGUUUCUGAUUCUAUGAAAGUUUUGGCAGCUGAAAUUGCCCACUUCUUACCACGUCAAGAAAAGAACCAAGGGAAGGGUGCGAAUCAUCCUAAUUCGACGUCCUGGCAGGCUGGCAGCAACAGUGAUGUAGGAGUUAGCUUAAUUAGAGAUGAAGUUUCUGAGGACUGGAUGACAGGUUUUGAUACCUUUCGGUCAAGCUUGGUGGGUUUUCUUGGUCAGUUGAAUAACUUUGCAGGGUCUUCUGUGAGGAUGUUUACUGAGCUCCAAACGGCUAUCCAAGAUGCAAAGAAUAAUUAUGAACUGAAGUCCCAGGCUGAGCAACUGAAGUCCCAAUCAUGA